CUAUAUGAUACAAUACUCACCACAGGAGAGGAAGUACGAUGUUUCUGGGGCCGGAAAGUGACCGGGGCCGCCAUUCUGUUCUGGCUAAACAAGUACAUGACUAUGCUUUACUUGGUAUGGAAUCUCGGGAACUUGUUGGACCUACCAAACAAUGUAUGUGUGGUCCUUUCAGCAAGCCUCGGUGGGACACAAACUAAUUUGGCGACU